GUGUGUGUGUGUGUGUGUGUGUGUGUGUGUGUGUGUGUGUGUGUGCACGUGCGUCUCCCGCUCCUCUGAGAGCAUUUUGUCAUCCCUAUUUUCCGCUGGGUCUCUCUCCCACUACACCACAUACUCGGCCCUCUUCCCGUUCCUGGAUCUCUCCGUUGUUCCUCCCUUGGUCCUACUGGCCAUCUGUCCUCAUCUCGGAUAUUCCACCCGCCCUACCCCGCCUGUUGCUCAGCAUGCCGAUCAUGUCAUAAUUAACAUUUUGUUAUUAUUCCUACAAUAACAUCCUCAAACGUUUGACUGUACAGGUCAUUACCCAGGUCAUUACACCGAUGAAUUGGUCAUUAAGUGUUCGAUUGAAUGAUUGGGUGGUUAUAUAAAAAAAUAAAAAUAAGUGAUUUGCUCGCUCAAUUUACCGAGUUAUAGUGUAGGCUAUUAAUUGGUCGAUUCGUUGAGUGAUUUGACAGCAUCGUAGGGUGUUGCAGGAAUCAAAUCUAAUUUUCGAACCAUUGAGAAUAACGACAAUGAUAAUUUGAUCAAACGGCGCUGUCAGUGACAGGUUGUCAUAACACCCUUCCUCUUCAAGUGUCCAUGCAGUCUUCCCAAAACCUCGACUGAUGAAUAUGUGUUCGGCACGAGAGAUCAGAAUUAAGCCCUGUGCUAUAUAGGCACAGUCCUUUGAAGCCUGUAACAAUACAAUACGUAAUUGCUUAUUUGUCUUCUUAUGGUUGCGACCUUGUCUCUACACUGUGAACGACACUAACCCUAAGACUCUCAGACCACCGCAGGGGGGAAGUCUGCCCUGACAUCAAAACUCGGUCCAAGGUCAAAGCCCCUGUUUGGGCAGCAGCUCAUCUCGCCAUAUAUCACGGCUGUAAAACUUAUAUAAAAAACAGCAUUAUUCAAUCGAAUAUGGUAAAUGAUGAGUUGGAAUGCUUUGAAGGGGCUCAACGUUAAUCGAUAUUGUUUGGCAUUUGAGUAUGUUCCAAUAUGUAGGCCAAUAGAUAGAUAUUUGAUAACAAUUGGUCGUUUAUUGCUUAUUUCAGAGCUCUUCACUAAUGGUCGUCUAUGAGUUUCAGCAGCUCUUGAUUCAAGGGUUCGUUACAGAUGGGAGCGAGUCUGUUAAUUUAUUGGACAAUAGAACCAAUAGUAGCCGCCCCCUGUAUCUUUUCAUGGAGAACCCGUUUGAAACAAAGGGUGGACAAGGGUUGGAUGUUUAAUGUAUUCAACCUUCUCAAAGUGUUUCUACAAAUUGAAAAAAAGCUGUCCUCUGAAUCACAUCACUGAAUCAGCAUCAGAAUUGAUCGUAAUCACUUAAUAGUUUCUAACGAGCAUAGCGGGCAGAAGACGUCAAUGCAAUUCACUGGAGGCUUCCAUCUCAGUUCCAAUACUUCCAAAAGGUCCAUAGUUGGUCUGAGAGACAGAAGUACAGCAGGCAGAUUUAUUUUGCUUUGUGCCAAUGUGCAGCUGAUGCGCUCAGCCUGGCGGUGUAGGCUACUGCAGACAAAGAACCGCGACCACAUGGGAUACACUAAAUCACCUUCUUCACGGAUCAAAAGGAACAUGGGCUAAAUGGAGAAAGUAACAUCGAUUGUUCUUAUAUCUACAUUUGUGGAUGUCCCGCUCCCUGCGCAUUGUUACCCGGAACACAAAGUCGGAGCAUCAAACCGGAUCGCUAAACAGAUGUUGUUUGGGUUAAUUUGGCGUGUCUACAAUGCAUCGUAAAUCAGAAUAACAAUGGGAGCCUAUCUGACGGAGUCCAACUCGAGCGGGAACUUUAGCAGCAGGGACACUGAGAACGGGAGCGUCCUCCUACCUCCUACGCUGGUGGGGAUCUUCUCGGUUCUGAUGGUAACUCUGGUGAUCGUUAUCGUAGCUGGUAACGCACUGGUAAUCAUGGCUUUUGUUGUGGAUAAGACCCUAAGAACUCAAAGCAACUACUUCUUCCUCAACCUUGCUAUCUCGGAUUUCCUUGUGGGUACCUUCUGCAUCCCGGUCUACAUUCCAUACAACCUGACAGGUCGCUGGAUGCUGGGCCGAGGUCUCUGCAAGGUGUGGCUGCUCAUGGACUACCUGCUCUGCACGGCGUCCGUCUUCAACAUCGUCCUAAUCAGCUACGACCGGUUUCUCUCCGUCACCAGAGCGGUUAGGUACCGGGCACAGAGAAACAUGACACGGCAAGCCGUGACCAAGAUGGUGGCCGUGUGGCUCCUAGCCUUCCUCCUCUACGGCCCCGCCAUCCUCUUCUGGGAGUCGUUCAGGGGCCACAGCAUCGUCCCCGCCAACCAGUGCUUUGCCGAGUUCUACUUCACGUGGUACUUCCUCCUGAGCGCUUCCACCUUCGAGUUCUUUGCGCCCUUUGUGUCGGUGGCCUUCUUCAACCUCUGCAUUUACCUGAACAUUCGCCACAGGAACAAGAGCAUGUCGGCCUGCACGGAGGACUCCUCCGCCUCGGCCACCGUGCAGCAGGACCUCCGCCCGCCCAGAGGGAACGGCGCCGCCUUGUCCGUGUUUUUCGUCAAGACGCGCAAAGUGUCGUCCAGCGAGCCCGCCGCAAUUUCCGCGGUCAUCGAAGACGAAGAAUUCGGCCGGCCGUCGAGCUGCGGCCCCGGCGCCACCCUGACCUUCAUCCACAGGAACCGGCCGUCUCCCCGCAGGAGCGGCGCCGUCGUCUUCGAAACCCGGUCGCCGUGCAAUGCGCCCGGCCGCAGGACUCAAGGCUCUCGUCUUACUCGGGACAAGAAAAUUGCCAAAUCGCUGGCCAUAAUCGUGUGUAUCUUUGGCGUCUGCUGGGCGCCCUACACUCUACUGAUGAUCAUCCGCGCUGCCUGCAGUGGCGCGUGCGUCGAGCACUACUGGUACGAGAUGACCUUCUGGCUCCUUUGGUUGAAUUCUGCCAUCAACCCCUUCCUGUACCCUCUCUGCCACAGCAGCUUCCGCAGGGCCUUCUCCAAAAUCCUCUGUCCUAAAGGGCAGUCGGUCCAACCUCAGAUUGAGAUACAGUCCUGCUAGCGAGCCGCUCCGACUGUUCUUCCAUUAAGGGUUGCCCACUUUCAAGCUAUGGACCCCAUUCAGGUGGACGUCUACAUCUGAAAGGAAGUCAACUUAAACGGAACAAAGGACGGCGCAGACAGCAACACAACGGAGGCUGAAGAGCGUUGAAGGAAAUGAGAGGCAAUGACAAUUUGAGUUCCAUAACCGCUGAAGGUCAUGAGAUAUACCUUGUAUUCUGAGACAGGAUCCCAUUAACAAACACAUUUGCAGUUUUUGGGAUUAAGGUAAGAAACAUGGCCAGAAAUUGUAUUGCAUUAUUUUAUGUAUUUAUAUAAUUUAUAACUCAAUAGGAUUUCAAGUGAAACCUCAAUAUUUCAAACCUUAUAAUAAUUUCCAAAAUCAUAUAAAUAUAUAUCAUAUAGAUGCAAUCACUACCGUGUGAGGAGAUACAUUUUUAACUAUGAGUAGUCCUGCAGCAACAGAGCUUCAAGAUCAAAUUAUGUAGAUGUGAUGCCUAACUAAGACCAAGAGUCAGUGUUCUGAUAUAGAUCAUUCAACAAAAAAUCAUGUCUUUCAAUGUGAUCUUGAAGAGUGGGUGGGUAUGUUGACUAAAAGUAAGUGCUGUAAUCGAAGCAGAACUCACUCUCUGUGUGUCCAUGUUCAGGAAAUGGAAGAUAAUUUCAAAAGCCGAGAGGGAUAUCAAAGUGCUUAGAAUCGGUAGUCAGAUUUCAACCAAUUUUUAUUGGGCCAUAAAAAACGCCACCCGUCAGACUUUAUAUCCAGGCGUUGAAGCGUUUUCAUAUGGAGGUGUGAUUUUUUUUUUACCCAGUUUAUAAAGAGUAAUACAUUCUUAAUCCGGGUUCAAGGUGUACUUCUGUGAAAGAGCCAUAGUGAGUAUUUCACUCCUUGCCUUCAGUGAGUUAGGUAAGUAGAGUAGAAUAUCAUGGAUUUAAUAGAGAUCUGGGACAUGAACUGCAAGGAACAGUUGGCAAAGAGACGUAGAUCCUUAUUAUCAGACUAAUCCAAGGCAAUCUGUACCGAUGUCUAACAGCUGUCCGAACCUUUCUGGGCCUUAGGGUGAGUCACUAACCCUAACUCUAAGCCUAACCUUUCUGGGCCUUAGGGAUAGUCACUAACCCUAACCACUAGACACUAGUCACUAACCCUAACCCUAACCUUUUUGGGGCUUAGAAACAGCACAACCCCAACCACAAAGGCAAACCAAAUUAAAGUUGCUCGCAAUAUUUUUCAUACAGGCCGAUUAAAAUCACGCAAUUCUUUUUUUUUUUUUUUAAUUAGCAAGAAUAAUACAUUUAUAAAAUAAUAAAUAUUAAUAAUUAUACAGGAAAAACAAUGUGUCACAGUUUCUUUAACCUACGUCGGGAAUAGGGCACACCUAUCCAAGGCACAUUGGUUGGGACAAAUCAUAUUAUGUAAGAUAUAGACAACUUUACUAGCAUACUACUAUAUUUGUUUUGAAAUUACAAGGACGAUAAACAUUGAGGUUAAAAGAUAAAACAAGCACUCACACUCUUUUUUUAAAUGGGUUAGGGUUAGCCCGCUAACCGAACAUUUCAAAGGCAGCCCAACAUGCUGCCUUUGAUAUGAUAUUGGCAAGCAAUUGCUAAAUAGCUGUGCGAGGAGGACAGUCCUUUAUUUUCUGAUGUACCAAAAAGUAAAAUAAUUACAAUUAGAGCAUUUGGCAGAUGUUUUUUUUCCAACCGACUUUUAUUUAACCGACUUACAUCGGUUAAUACACACAUUGACACACCGACAGCAGAGUCAACCAUGCAAGGCGACAGCCAGCUCGUCAGGAGCAGUUUGGGUUAAGAGUCUUGCUCACGGACACAUCAAAACUAAGCUAGGAGGAGCUGGGGAUCGAACUAGCAACCUUUCUGUACAAGGCAACUACUCUACCUCCUGAGCUAAGCCGACCCCUAAUAUGUUCUUGAAAUCUAAGGAUUAUAAGGUAAAAGAAAAAGAUGGAUAAAUUAGAUAUCACAACAAAUGCCUUUAUCCUGUUGCAAAGACCACAGCAGAUCUCACAGCAGCUACCCAAGAAAUUGGAUUAAACAUCACAAAUUACAGCAUUUUGCAAAAUUAAAAAAAGACUCCCAGCGCAGAAAGAGUAUACGUGUCUUCCGCUGUGAUUUAAAAUGACAAAUUAUAUGUGAGAGGAAGGGCCUGGGACUGGCAGUGCCUUUAAACCCUGUGAUUGGGUGGAAUAUUCUGUCUGCGUGACAUGGAUUCAAUGUGAAUAAAUUGGAUGGUGGGAGUGAUA